GUCAAACACCCUUUAAUGAGUGAAUCGGCUAUACCCAUUUCAUGAUUUAAACAACUUUAUUUGGAAAUGGGUACGAAAGAUAGCGUGGGUAGUUCCGAGUUAGCGUGUAGGGCAUGUGCGUUACUUUAUGGUGAGUAGCGAAUCAAGCCAUGCAUGUAACCCAUUGUCGAAUGGUGCCGAAGCCGUAAACUGCCCUAUAUGGGUUUAUUAAAUAUUUGAAAUGGUUUCUUCAUUUCGUAUUUCAAAAGCAGGUUGGCAUAUCUUUCAAACGUGCCGCGACAGCAAUUUCCAGCCAAACUGCACACCGAAUCAAUGGAGGAAGUCAGUACGUGACACUUCUACCGGAACUUCUCCGAAAAAAUAGAAGACGAUUCAUUUAUGAAAUGUCAUAAAUUUACCCACCGCAUCGUCGAUUCCUUUUAGUAUUUAUCAACUCCCACUGCAGUAUAAAAACCAAAAUAAUGAGACGCUUCAAGUUAACGUCAUUUAUCCUGACGCUUUUCGCGACAAACGUUAUCUGCAGUCGACACAAAAUCGUACAGAAAAGUCUCGCCGGAACCGGCAUCGAGUGCCAGCAGUAUGAUCCUCCAUGGAAUUGUGCGGUCCGAUGUCAAACUCUGCUCACUCGAGAUUGGGUGGAUUCCACCGGAAUGCAGUCUCCGUACGAUCGCUUCUUCCAACCGGAUCCGAAUGAUCAAUGCUACAUGAAUCGUACGCAACGAUGUUUGCUGGACAAACAGUUAACCGUACCAAGGAACAAAUUGUGUCUACGAGCGGAUAGCUCUGUCCAGUGCUUCUUGAUCCAGUCUGGGCAGGUGAUCAUGGAUCAGCCCAAGUUCGUUGCACCGAGUCGGCUACUCGAGAAUCAGAUAUUCUUGGAAUGUGGAACGAUGCUGGGAUUCUCGCGACAGCGGAUAUGGGAAAUAUUGUACAAAGGGGAGUUCACCCUACCGGAGAUCAGCUGUCUGGUGAGGUGUUUCCUGAUAAGAUCGGGUCUGUACGAUGACAAAAGUGGCCUCAAUCUGGAGCGGUUCUAUGUCGCUUGCGGAGGAUAUGACGACGCGUUCUAUCACAACGUUACGAAGUGUAUCGCGAACGUUGAGGCUGCCGGUCAAUGUGAUAAAUGCACUCGAGCUCAACGCCUGGCCUUGGAGUGCGUUGGAAGUCAGUAUCCUAUUUUUGUUCCUGUUUCCCAGACUGAUAUUGAUUCCACCAAUAAUGCUGGACGCGAUGUGAACAACUAUUAUACUUCUAAUUUUAAUUUCAACUUUGGUGACGUAAUUAGUCAAGUUGGGCCAAUGGUACCGGCAACAGGUGGCGGUUGAAAUUAAUCAAAUAAACUUAUACAGGAAGAAAU